GGAAACAUAUUAAUCAAUGAAUGGGGUAAGUUUUGCUGUAGGUUACUUAAUUUUUCUUAUUUCCUUCUGUUUAUAUUCUCCUCUUCUAUCAUUACAAUAUUUCACAUACUUUUCGUGUUUAAUUGAGACAGGAAAUCUUCCAAUUGACACCAAAUCGUCAACGAUUAUCUACCCCUCCAUCCCAAUCUCCCCUCAAUCCACAAACCAAUAUGUCAACCGGACCUCUUCGCAGAGGACUCUCGCAGAUCCUCAAAAAAGACCCCUCAGACAUCGUAAUUCUCUCUUCCCUCCGCACCCCCAUAACCCGUUCCUACAAAGGACAGCUCUCCUCCGCCUAUCCCGAACAGCUCUUGCACAGCGUUCUCAAAGCCACUCUCUCUGCCAAUCCCUCGCUCGACCCUGCUCUCAUCGACGAUGUAUGCGUCGGCGUCGUGCUCUCUGAGCUCGGCGGCUCGAAAGCCGGCCGUAUGGCUAUGAACCACGCUGGCUACGAUACCCGCACCUCCUUCUCUACUACCAACCGCGCGUGCAGUUCUGGAUUGCAAGCCAUUACCAAUAUAGCAAAUUCGAUUGCGACGGGCGGGAUUAAUAUCGGUGUUGGAGGCGGAAUGGAAAGUAUGACGAGGAAUUAUGGAUCGAAAGCUAUACCUGUGGAUUUGUGGCCAGAGCUGAAGGAUGCGGAGAGAGAUACGAAAGAUUGCAUUAUGCCAAUGGGCCUUACGAGUGAGAAUGUAGCGAGUAGAUAUGGAGUUGGCAGAGAAGAACAGGAUAGAUUGGCGGUGGAGAGUCAUCGUCGCGCGGCAGAGGCACAGGAGAAGGGAUGGUUUGAUGAGGAAAUCGUGCCGGUUACUACAAUGUGGCAGGAGACUGGUAAAGGAGGCGUGAAAGUAGGAGAACCCAAGGAAGUUACUGUUACAAAAGAUGAUGGGAUUAGAAAGGGGGCUACGUUGGAGAGCAUGCAGAAGUUAAAGCCUGCGUUCAAGGAAGAUGGUGCAUCGACUGCGGGUAACUCGUCGCAGAUUUCUGAUGGAGCAGCAGCUACAUUGAUGAUGCGUCGUAGCACUGCUACCUCGCUCGGACUAUCCUCUUCUAUUAUUGGUAAAUGGGCCGGUACAGCAAUCGCAGGAUGCCGUCCAGAUGAGAUGGGAAUUGGACCUGCGCUUGCAAUUCCAAAGUUGAUGGAGCAAGCUGGCAUUCAAAAGGAAGAGGUAAAUGUGUGGGAGAUUAACGAGGCGUUUGCUAGUCAAGCCAUCUAUUGUGUGAGGGAAUUAGGACUUAUGGGUGCAUAUGAGAAGGGCGAUGUGAAUCCAAAGGGAGGAGCCAUUGCACUGGGCCAUCCAUUAGGAGCUACUGGUGCAAGAAUGGUGGCAGGUUUGUUGGCGGAGUUGAAGAGAAGAGACCAACAGGUUGGUGUCGUCAGUAUGUGCAUUGGUACCGGAAUGGGAAUGGCAGGAAUGUUUGUCAGGGAAUAAGUAGCAUAUACGGAAGGAAACAAAAAAAUCUGUAUAAAUUAUGGGACUGCAUGAAUGAGAUGUACGAAACACCUGGAAUAUUAAAAUCUGGAAUAUAACUUUUAUCGACUUGCAAUUUCUCGUACGAAGUUCCACAAUGAAAUAACGAUUCAGGUUUAGAAUCAUCA